CUCAAUUUAUGACGUGUCUCAGACGUUCCAAUUUCACACCGGUCCUUUGCUCGGGCUCGACCACUAGCUGCUAGUGCUCGUUUGCUUGAAGCUUCAACAUGGUCUGGAUGAACGAGCGGCCACUGCUCUUUUCGUCGUGCUCAACUCCUGACAGCUAGCGCUCGUAUACUUGAAUCUUAGUGAAGAAUAGCUAAAGAUAAUUGGAACGGAGCCGGUACAGUGCAAAGAGCAGAUAAAUCCCGUCUACGUAACAUAUCGCGACAGUGUAUCCGUGAUCUUACGGUCUCCAUCAUGGCAGGGAGGAAGUUGGUUCUGGAGGGGGAAAUAAGUAUAAAAAGCUUUAUCUUAGGUCUAAGUGUGUUAAUAAUUCCUUUGAUAAGGACAUCAUUUGGACAUAUCGACUGGGUGUUUGAUUAUCUCACGGGAACACCUGGAAAAAUUGUAAUUGCAAUCUACAUUGCAGUUAUCAAUGGCCUUUUGCUAGUUGUUUACAAGGGACCGCUGUACAAGGUUGCUGUAAGAGCCUGCUUUCUGGGGGUUACUUUCGGAUGUGGCUUACUGAUAAGCCUUUCGCCAUCCACUUGGACACAUUUUGGCUGGUACAUGUGCUCCCUGUCUUUCUUCCACUAUUCGGAGUACCUGGUAACAGCCUUCAUCAACCCCCACAGCCUCUCCCUCGACUCGUUCCUGCUCAACCACAGCAUUGAGUACACCUUGGCUGCAGUGUCCUCAUGGGUGGAGUUCACCGUAGAGAAGAUGCUGGUUCCAGAGCUGAAGCAGCUCAGCUACUUCAGCCUCCUGGGCCUGCUGAUGGUGAUGUGCGGGGAGUGCCUGCGCAAGGCGGCCAUGCUCACGGCCGGCUCCAACUUCAACCACAUUGUGCAGAACGAGAAGGCCCAAAGCCACGUGCUGGUCACCGGCGGGGUCUACUCGAUGUUCAGACACCCCUCAUACGUAGGAUGGUUCUACUGGAGCAUAGGAACCCAGGUGAUGCUGUUCAACCCGGUGUGUAUACUGGGUUACUCGCUAGCCAGCUGGCGCUUCUUCCGUGAGCGUAUUGAGGAGGAGGAGCUGUCCCUCAUCCACUUCUUCGGCGAGGACUACGUGGAAUACAAGAAGAAGGUCUCCACCGGACUACCUUUCAUCUCAGGGAUCCGCGUCAAUUAGGUUUGGGACUCAAACUUGGGACAUGAUGAAACUUUGCAGAAUGCAACAUGGAGAGGCUAGUGCGUCUUCACAGCUUGCAAGCAGGUGACCCCCCCCCCUCAACCCAGCCACCCCUAUUCCCUACCCAGUUCCUUGGGCUUGCAAAGCACCCAAAUGGCUCAACGGUAGUGACCCUGAUGGCUGCAAUGGCUUACACUGUGGAUCCUCUUGUCACACUCUCAUGCCAAAACAAACAGAACUAAACAUCGACAGAAAAGAAGAUCUGCUACAUGAAUUGUGUUAUACUCACUCAGUUGUUUCACCAUCAUUGUUUUAAUAUUUGUAAAAAAAAAAAAUUUCUUUCACUUGGACCCUUUGAGUCUGUGGGGGGGGGUGUUUCCACCUGAGUUUAUGUGCACAAAUAUUUAACAGCUAGUACUUGCAUCUAUAGAUGUUACAGGGAUUGUUGUUUAUCACGCCUGGUAUAGAUCAGAUUCCGAUUUGAAAUGUGAUGUUUAAGGGUCAAUAUUCUAUCAGUCAGAAACAACCUACAGGGCUAGACGCUGGACCAAUUUAUUUCUUAGUUGACAGUUCUAAGCAUGUCUGAAUGUGUUGCACUUUUACAGUAAACAUUUCAAAUCAAAGUUAAAGGGUUUGAGGUGAUGACUUGCUUCAACUGCAAUUGAGUUUUCUAAUUUGAACCCUUUUUAAAUUUUAUCUUAAGUUAAUGUUUUUUACAAAUAAAAGUUACUCGUUACAAUGACUUUAGUUUGAACUUCUAUAGAGCAAUGUGGUUCCGGAAGUAACCACCUUACCAUGUCGAUGACAAUGCUAUAGAAUGACAACUUGUAUUAAUAUUGACAGGUUAUAAGAUGCAAGAAAUGUGCUAAUGGAAUCAAAUAUAUUGUCACGGCUAUCUUGGCAAACCAUUGGCUUGAUACCAGGCUUAAAACCAACGGGAAAUUUACUUCCAGAACCAGAUCUGCUAAAGGGUGCAGUCACAGUUGUGCUCUAUUGUAUUAUCAUUUAUAAGAUGCAUUGAAGAGGACUGAGUAAUGUGCGUUAACGUCAAUCCUAGGCGUAGGAGCAGAGCGACGAUCCCUCUGAAUCGUAUGGCCCCAUUGGUGAGGCCACGGGCUUGGGGGUUACUGCUGGGGCUUCUCGUCCAAAGGACUCUUUCAGGUGUCUGAUAUGUCAUUCAGGAAGCGUUUUCCCAUUUUGUUUUCUGUGGUCCUGUUUCACUUUCUAUCUAUUCUAUCGUUUGUCUCACGACAUGUCAAGAGAAUAGAACAAAGUAAGCCGAUCAU